UAGCUCCACAAGGGUUUUCUCCCCUAUAAUCUGUUUUUUUAGCGAAUUAUCGGGACGUGUUUGGUCUGCACAGUUGCGGUGAUUGUUACGCCUGUAGCUUCUAGUUUCCCGUCCGGCUUGCUGCUUCCGGAGGUGGUUGGAAUUUCGCGUCGUGGCGCUUCCUGACCGGAUUUUGAUGAUUUCGGGCACCCCUUUUUUAGCCGUUGCACCUGAAUUGUUCUCCAUUUUCUUAGUGGUAAGGAAGUAGAGGAAGCUAGGUCUUGCUUCAUCCAAAGUGUUGGCAACACUCAGCUAUACUGUACAAAUGAGGGGAAUUAAUAAAUGUGUGGCAUCUGAAAAUUGUUGAUCUAUCCAAUCGAGCCAAGAAAAAUUGCUAAGACCAAGCUGUCCGAAAUGAGCACGACUCCAUGGUUGAAUGCUCUAGGAGUUAGUGCCGUCACAUGCACUACCCUUCCUGGAAUUGUGAAAAGCCAAGGAAAAUGACGUCUUAUGUGCUGGUUGAUAUUGCGAAUGCAUACAUGGUGGUUCCGGUGCUCGUCAGUGUGCUUUAUUAGAGCAAGUGCAGUUAAUGACCUUCAAAGAAGCAAGAGUAACCUUGAAUCAUUAUUCUGCUACGACAAAGCUAUUCCAGAGGAGGAUAUUGGGAAACCAACAGGUUUAGAUUUGCAAAAGAAGAACGUUGGGAAGAAUCCUCCUUGCCUGUGCUGUGAAGCUAAAGGUGCUGUGCUGUGUGCAACUUGUGCUGGUUCAGGCUUGUACAUCGACUCAAUACUAGAGAGCCAAGGAAUCAUCGUAAAAGUCAGAUGUUUAGGCUGUGGAGGAACUGGAAAUAUUAUGUGCUCCAAAUGCGGAGGUCGUGGACACACCUGACUUGUGAAAAAUUGUGAUCUCCACAAACAAGGCAAUGCAAUUCAAGUGUCAUCUUCGUGUACAUCAAUCUGUACUCAUUCCAUCUCUGAAGACAAGCUGAGAGGUCAACAGUUAAACAUUGGUUAGAACUUCUGGUCAUGUAGACAAGCGACGUGACUCCUAUUUGAUUUUCUUAUAUUGCACACGAACAAUCUCGUUGUAUUGAAGGAUGUGGUGCUGAAUCAGCUGCUCUAACUCGAGUUCACUUGUAUGUUAACAUGUGAAAUCAUUUUGUCGAAAGGCUUUCAAUUCUUUCAGCUUA